UCAAGGAGAAAAAGAUGCUACAGCUGAUGCUUCUGGGUGAGAUGGUGAAGCACAACAGAUACAAGCUGCAGUUCCUGAGGCUAGGAUCUUGUUCUGCCUCCAUUCAUCAAUGGAAUGACUUCUUGUUUCUCCAUAUGAACCAGUUCCUGACAUGUGUGGACUUCUCGGGCAACAAGCUCCUGGAUGGGGGUGCCAUGUUGCUGUGUAUGACUCUGAAGUAUCCCAGGAUGGAAAACUGUCAACUCACAGAAACCUAUUGCAAGGUGCUCUUUUCCUUUUUAAUGGUCAGCCAGAAGCUGACACAUCUGAGCCUGGCCAGGAACAACCUUGGAGAUGGUGGAGUGAAAAUCCUGUGUGAAGACUUGUGUUCCCCUGAUUGUAAAUUACAUGUGAUGGUGUAA